AUGGCCUCAACCUGGAAUAUGCUCCUGGCCUAUCCAGAGCUAGCCGUGGGCAACGAUAUGCUUUACGAUAAAUGGAUAUACUCCUCAAAAGACAUCAUACCACCUGUUGAAGCUGCCGUGAUUCGUGCAGUGGCGGAAAUUGAGUUUGUCGGCUUCCGAAUCGUCGAAUGGCCUUAUGCCAGCUUUAGCACGCCAUCUGUGAUACUCUUGGUCGGGAGCACAGUGGUCUUUGGUCUCUUUGUUAUCGUUUCCCAAGCCAUAUAUCGAGACUGGGGAGUUGCUUAUACGGCAGGCGCCUUCUAUGUGGCUUUGGCUGGGGUUCUGACGACCUGGAUUGCUUGGACAUCGACUGCCUAG